AUGGCAUCAGACAGCGAGGUAAAAACCCUCCUGAAUUUCGUCAAUCUGGCCUCGAGUGACAUCAAAGCAGCUCUGGAUAAAUCCGCUCCUUGCCGCCGGUCAGUUGACCACAGAAAAUAUUUGCAGAAACAGCUCAAAAGAUUUUCUCAGAAAUACUCCAGGAUCCCACGGUGCCACCCCAGCAAAUCCGUGGAGUGCAGCGUGAAGCGGGGCGCAGAGGACAGGAGUCGCAGCUCCCAGCCCGAGGCGGUGGACUCCAGCCACUGCAGAGCUGCCGCCGAGAAGGAGCUGAGGACAGCUGAGGUGGAGGAGACCUUCUCUGGGGAGCAGGUUUUGCAAGAGCCAAACUCCGAGCCCACCAGGCCGGACCAGGUGCCGAUGAGGAAGAGACAGCUGCCUGCCUCCUUCUGGGAAGAGCCCCGGCCAGCGCAGAGCCUGCUGGCCAGGAGCUUUCCCACGGGCCUGGACGGGCUCCCCAGCUCCGGAGACCCUCUUCCUUACGAGGGGAAGAAAAACAGAAGGAGCCCGGAGGCUGCCGGCCCGGAGAGCCCCUCUGAGCCCGUGCAGCGUGGCAGCGAGAAGGACCCUGCCAAGGCGCCGGGGCCACCCAUGUCCGGCCAGGUGGCCACCUGGACCUGCUGCCCCUUCCAGUGCUCCGGGCAGCCGCUGUACCAAACCCCGGGGGCGCUACCGCCGUCGCCCUUCCCGGGCCUGGGGCUGUGGCGGAAAAGCGCGGCGCUGCCCGCGGAGAUCCAGCACUUCUGCAAGGAGGCGGACAGCACGGGGCAGAAACUCUACCGGCCCGUGGUUUUGAAACCCAUCCCCACUAAGCCUGCUCUGCCCCCUCCUAUUUUCAAUGUUUUUGGCUAUAUUUAG